AUGAUUGAUAACUUUGAUCUUGAUGGAGACUCGAAAGUCCACAGUCGAGGUGGAUGUACUGGAGAAGGCGACGAUGAUGUGAUUGGCGCACCGACUUCGGAGUGGACAAGACGCGUCUGUUUUGGGAAAAAUCCAAACUCGCCGUCGCGAAGGUCUGGCGACUCGGUCACUCGAGUUCCGACGGACGAAAUUCUUGUUUCAUUCUCCUCAAGCAAGAGUCUUGUUUGCUCUUAUCUGAUCUUUAGCAUUCCUUCGCGCGUCAUCACUCCGCGCUGCGCUGAUGCGACCGAUCGCGUGCCUCCUCCGAGUUAUUAUUGA